ACGCGAGAAUGGCCGCAAAGCCAAGAACAUCAUCCAGAUGAACGGGAAAGUGACGAAGCUCCUCAACCCCGACGACGCUGAAGAUGUCAAGGCUUUCACGUAUGACUUCUCGUACUGGAGUUUCGACGGCAGCAAGGAGAUGCCGGACGGGUACUUCGCCAAGGAGAGCGAGGGAUCCAAGUACUGCGAUCAGAAAACGGUGUUCGAAGACCUCGGAGGGGGGAUACUCAAGAAUGCGUGGGACGGCUACAACUCGACACUCUUUGCCUACGGCCAGACAGGCUCGGGGAAGUCUUGGUCUGUCAUCGGCUACGGGGCCAACAAAGGCGUCGUCCCGAUGUUCUGCGACAAAUUGUUCCAGGGCAUCACUGAACAGAAGGGAAAAAAGGAAUUUGAGGUUCGGUUCAGUAUGCUGGAGAUCUACAAUGAGGUCGUGCGUGACCUUCUCAACCCCAGCAAGAAGAAGCAAGGGCUCAAGGUCAGGCAGCACCCGAAGAAGGGGUUCUAUGCCGAGGGCCUGAAGAUGGCGAUGGUGUCCAACUACCAAGAGAUUGAACAGAAGAUGAACGAAGGCACUGUCAACCGCACCAUAGCCUCCACCAACAUGAACGCCACCUCCUCUCGGGCUCACACCAUCGUCGGCAUCGAAUUCACUCAGAAAUUCAAGAACGAGGCCGGACAAGAGACAGCCAAGAAGGCGGUGGUGAACCUCGUCGAUCUGGCCGGAAGCGAGCGCGUGGAGAGCACCGGAGCCACGGGAGAGAGACUGAAAGAAGGAGCUGGUAUCAACUUGUCUCUAACAUGUUUGGGAAACUGCAUCCAUGCUCUGGCAGAAAAUGCGUCUGGAAAACCGGCUCGCGUUCCCUUCCGAGACUCCAAGCUGACGAAGCUGCUGAUGAACGCUCUUGGAGGCAACAGCAAAACGAUCAUGAUAGCCGCUAUCUCUCCAGCUGAUAUCAAUUAUGAGGAGACGCUGUCGACCCUCAGAUACGCCGACCGAGCCAAGCAGAUCAAGACGAAGGCCACAGUGAACGAAGACCCGACGGAGAAGUUACUGAGGGAGCUGAAGGAGGAAAAUGACAAGUUGAAGAAGAUGAUGUCGGGAGGGAAGAUUGAUAUGAAUAUGAUUGAUCAGGACGGCGACGGGGUUGAUGAUCGAGAUGCCGAGAAGCUGAAGAAGCAGUGGGAGGAGGAGAUGAAGGCGAGGAUGCUGGAGAACGAGAAGGAGAUGAUGGAGAUGAAGAAGACAUAUGAAGAGAAACUCAAACAGUCCAAGAUGGAACACGUGGACCCAUCCAUCGCCAAGAAGGAGGAAGAAAAGCAGAAGAAACCCCACAUCUACAACCUCAACGUCGACCCACUGCUCACUGGCCGCGUGGUGCACAUCCUGAGGCCGGGAGGGAACACCGUUGGCAACAGGAAGGGAGAAGAAUCCAACAUCACCAUUAUUGGACCAAGCAUCCAGGAACAGCACGCAGUCAUGACGGUCAACAAGGAAGGGAAAGUGAGCAUCAAACCCCACAACACAGAGUGCCGAGUUGUGGUCAAUGGCUCCCCCAUCCAAGGCGAGACGACACUGUGCCACAACGACAGACUAGUCUUUGGAGGCACCCAGUUCUGGCUGUUCCAGAACCCCGUCGACCGAGACAAGAACAAGAAGAACUACCCUGAGAUAACCUUCGAAUAUGCCCAAGAGGAGAUUGCGUCCAAGAGUGGCAUUGAUAUGGCCAGUAGCAAUGCCGACAUGUCGAAGGUGCAACAGGACCUCAUGGAAGUGAUGCUGGCAGUGGAAGAAGCCAAUUCCAUCUCGGAAGAGUUGGACAGGAUGGUCAAGUUUGAGAUUAUGCUCGUAUCCCCUCAGGUCCUCGGCCAGCAGGGAGGCAAGACCGAGAUUCAAGUGAAAAUGAGGAACCUGCAGAACGGGACGGAAUUCGUGUGGCCCAAAGAGAAGUUCUUGAACCGACUCUAGCUUGAGAAGGCGAUGUACACCAAUACGAAGAUGAGCGACGAAUUGGAAAACCGGAGCGAGGAGGACCCCUUCCAGGAAUCUUUGGACACGGAGAUUCGCAUAGGAACUGCCCAAGUGAUCCUCCAGCCUCUCGCCCACAACAUUGAGCUCAGUGAACAGCUCGAGAUCACGAAUUACAAGGGAUCUGAAAUCGGAAUUAUGAAUGUGAGUUUAUCGGUGCCCUGCGACGCCAACGGCAAAGAUUACGUCGAAGAAGACGACAAGUUCGUGGACACCGCCGAAGACCUCGUUGGCACCAACGUCUACUUCAACCUCAGGAUCCUCAACUGCCGCGGCCUGCCCAACCGAUACGCCGAUGUUUACUGCACCUACUCUGCCGUUUACCUGGACGAGGAACCGACAAAAACCAAGAAGAUUUCGGACACAUCCAACCCCGACUUCAACCACGCGAAGCUCUAUUCCUUCACACCCGCCACGAGACAGCUGGUGGAGUACCUAAACCUGGGCAGCCUCGUGAUCAGCGUGAUGGGCAAGCAGAGGGUCAGGAAGUCAGCCAUGCCCAGGACCAACGGCCUCACCACGAAGGAGAUGCUGCGCUCAGAUCGGGCCGUCUUCGCCAAGACCGCCAACCUCAUGAACGGAUUCCAGAUGAACGGGCGGGUGGUCGAUCCACAGAAACAGUCGAUCAUCGUCGAAUUACUGCUCAUGAAGAAGACGCAGGCACGACUACAGCAGAAAGUGGACUCCGUCAGGAAGUUGGUGAAGGAAGCCGAGAACAUAUCUAAGGUCAGGGUAUCGACAUCUCUCCUGAAGGAAGUCCUGCAGGCAAACACACCCGAGCAAGCAGAUAUGAUCAUUAGGAAGAUUACAGCCGAGCCUGACAACGACUAUGACAGACCGUACAGCAGCCAGUCUAACAGUUCCGUGUGUGUUAUUCUUUAGUCUCCCCUUCGUAAAAAAAAGUUUUCUUUGGUUUACAUUGAUAUCCUGUGGAAUUUAUUUUAUAUGUAAGUAUUACGUUAGGUGUAAGUAUUUUGAUCAGAGGAAAUGGCAAAAAUAGCUAUAAAAAUUAAAUUUGCAGCCAUACACUUACAGAACAAGUAUAUAUCAGUGUUAUAGUCCACACAUGUUUGAUCAAAUAAUGUUUGCUGUACAUAUUAGCAUGUAUAAGUCUGACAGAAUUGCAAAAAUAUUGCCGUGAAAAACAAUGACAAUAAUAUCACACUGUUUCUUUCUUACAUACAAGCAUUAAUGCCUUAGUUGGAAUAGAAUUAUGUACAGUUUCAAUAUAUAUCUUAUUUUUCUCUAUGUAGAUAUUCAGGCUAGUGUAGGGGGAGGGGGAAAAAAAAAGUAAUAUGACUAUUGUACAAAAUACAGUGCACAUAACAUGCAAGUGAGAGAGUAUUAGACUUGCUACAUAUAUAAUACGUGUUUAGCACUAUGAGUGAGUACAUUAUGAUAUGGUACUGUCGGUUGUUCUCAUAAUCUGUUGUUAUUCCCUGUCAAUCUUCAGGUAUUAAAAAAAAGAUUACUUAAACACACUAUGAGAUUCUACGGGAGUGACUCUAUAAGGACUGACAUGAAAAUAAUUCACUUCAGUCUACGAUAUUGUUCUUAUCGUAUGAUUGUAGGUGUGUGGGUAAGAAUUAGAGAAAUAAUAUAACAAAAUACUGACCUGAGCUGACCUGACUACUGGAUGUACUGUGAUAUUAAUUACCUGUAACAAGUGCCUAAGAAUACAAGAGGAAUCCGAACUGACCUUAACAUGUUGUGAAAGUUAUAACCUGUUCAUAACUUGCGGAGUAAAUAGGAUUAAAUAGCGAUUGAAACUUAAAUUUAUUCAGAAAGGUGAGUUUUUUUCUCCUUUGUGUAGAUCUUGCCUUCUAACUAUGAUGAAAAAGAUAUAAAAGUUGUGUAAAAUGUUCCAGGUUAUUUCGGAUUCUAUAUUGAAUGAAUUA